UUGAGAGAGAGAGAGAAGAGACGAACAGUAAGACCUAAACAAAAAGGGUAAAAGAAAAACAGGGAGAGAGAGAGGAAGAAGAAGAUCGAAGAAGAUGGGAGGAGGAAUGGAAACGAACAAGAACAGGUUCAUAGAGGAGUGGGGAAGCGCAAGGGAGAACCUGGAGCUCAACUUCAGGUGGACCCGCCGCAACUUUGCUCUCGUUGGCUUAUUCGGCAUCGCCAUCCCCAUCCUCGUCUACAAGGGCAUCGUCCGAGAUUUCCAUAUGCAAGAUAACGAUGCAGGGCGGCCACACAGGAAGUUCCUUUGA